AUUACAAGUUUGUGUUGACUUUGUUGUUUUAUUGGCGAAGUAGAAUUUACUUGAGUUUAUUAUUAAUUGUUCGUUCAAAAGUAUACAAAACACAGUGCUAAUUUAAAAUCAGUGGUCAGUUUUCUUUUCUGCUCCAUUAUAAAGGAGCUCGAACAAAAAGGAGUUGUCCUUGCACUUUCUUCAUAAUUUAUUAAUUAUUAUCGAGUUGCAGUCUAUAAUGGCAACAAGAGCAAUUAUCACGAUGUCGGAGCGGGCGAUGGAGUGCCCAGUAUGCCUGGAGACGAUGACAGCACCUAUCCUGCAGUGCCAACGCGGGCACAGCCUCUGCAGCCGAUGCACGAGCCGCGGCCUCCCGCAAUGCCCUAUUUGCCGCUCGCCCAUGACUGAUAUGAGGAACUGGGCUUUCGAAGAUAUCAUUUCAAAGGUGAAUACCCCAGCCCCAGUGCCAACGCCAGCGGCGCCGUCGUCCAAACUGCUCUGUCCCCACAAAGACGCGGGCUGCGGGUUCACAUUCAGCCAAGCUAAAGCGCGCGAGCUAGAUGAGCACGCCAAUGAAUGUAUCUUCAGGGACAUGCUCUGCCCGCUUGGCGCCGCUUUCAGCAACUGUUUCUGGAUAGGUAAACUCAAAAACUUGAUGGACCACUUCAAACAGAGCCACCCGUCCAGCUGCGAGAUAGUCUCCGGCGUCGACACGGACCUCGAGCUCCCACUCACCCAAGACCUCGUCAAGGUCUACCUCGCCGCCACCGGCAAUAUGCACUUCAUCAUCACCAUGAAAAUAGACAAGACUACUAGCACCGCCUCCUGGGCAGUCCAACAUAUCGGCAGUAAGAAAAACGCGCGUCUAUACACGUAUGAAAUUUACCUGACUAGUAAGCAGGAUGUUAGACGGCGCUCAGUGUUAGUGGAACACUGCGUCAAUGAUGUGGUGGAGCCUUUAGAUGUUAUCAGGGAAGGGAGAUGUGUGGUCAUGCCGUUGAAACUGUUGGCGCAUUAUGUGACAGACAAUAAGGUUACUUUUAAGUUAGUUAUUAAGAAGGUGCCGCCGACUUUGUAAAGGGACCACAAUAUAGUCAUAUGACCGUUGCUUGUUACCGUGCCCCCAGAUUUAUUCUUGGCAUUUACAUGUAUAACGACUAUAAUGAGACAAGAUAAAAAUAUCAAACUUUAUACAUAGGGGUCUGUCUUCGGUCCCUGUAUUUGAUUUUUUACCUAUCAAAUACGUAAGAUGAUUAUUGUUUACAUUUACUGAAACAUUUAUUGUUAUAUAAUGCUAAGUUAAUCUAGCAGUUUUAAUUAUGAUUGUGCACGGUAUUGUUAUUCUUUUCCAAUAAAACGAGUGCCUUAGAAAAGCAUUUUUGUACGAAGUUCAGCGCCCAUUAUACGGCAGGCAACCAAGCGUCAGACGGUCCAAGGUUACCGUGACCGUGGUAGGGGCUGAAAACUAUUUGACUGGUCGAAACCUACCAAGGUUACAGUUGUGGGAAGCUUCGUUGCCGACUACGUAUUUAGUAGGCUUCAAUCGU